CUCCUCCCUCUUUCUCUUAACUUUCCCCUCACUCUCCUUUUAAUCUUCCACCACCGUCUCGUGUGGUUUAAUUUCUACCAUUAUUUAUCCUACUCAUGGUAUAAUCUCCAUGUCGACUUCCUUUCCCGUUGUCUCCCCCUGAACGCCAUCAUGGGAGCUCCUCUGCUGCUCCCACUCCGGCGUCGGCCGUGGACUUGCAGGACCUGUCUGCUGCAGGCCCGUCGCUCGCUCGAGACGGCCGCCUCGCCGGCGACUCAUCGAACAGCCUUCGAUUACCUUCCGAGUAAGAACGAUGCCCAAAAGAAGUCCGAUGACGACACUCUGCGCCGCGUCUUCGACUCGCAGCCGUUCUGGCGCGAAUUCAGCCAGCGCAGUGCUGCCCACCUCAAACCUACCGGUCUGGUCCAAAAUCAGUACCUGACCAGUCCCGAUGGUUUCCGCGUCUUUGCGACCACCACCCUGCAGAAGUGCCAGGCCAUCGUGGCCAAGGUGCUGGCCGGUACAACGUUGGAGGAUUACCGGAGUAUGGCCCGCGAUCUCGACCGCCUCAGCGACUUGCUGUGUCGAGUCAUCGACCUAUCGGACUUUAUCCGAGUCAUCCAUCCCGAUCCGCGCGUGCAGGAGGCCGCGACGCAGGCGUACGCCCUCAUGUUCGAGUACAUGAACGUCUUGAAUACGACUACCGGUCUCAACGACCAGCUGAAGAAGGCCGCCGCCAAUCCCGAGGUUACGGCCCGUUGGUCCGACGAGGAGAAGAUCGUCGCCCAGAUCCUCAUCAAGGACUUUUCCAACUCGGCCAUUCACAUGCCCCCGCAUGCGCGACAGCGUUUCGUCAACCUGUCCAAUGAUAUCAGCCAACUGGGAAAUACUUUUGUCAACGCCGCCGAGCCGGCCAAGUCGCACGUGACCGUGAGCGCCAACAGCCUGCGCGGCCUCGACCCCAUCCUCGUGCAGCAGAUCAAGCGGUGGAACCGGACGGCCUCCGUGCCCAGCAUGGGCCUGAUUCCGCGCCUGGCGCUGCGGUCCGUCCACGACGAGGGCGUGCGGCGGGAGGUCUACUUGGCUACACGCACGUCGAGCGCCCGCCAGAUCCAGCGGCUCGAGCAGCUGCUGGCUAAGCGCGCCGAGCUGGCUCAGCUCUCGGGCUACGACAGCUUCGCCCACAUGACGCUGAGCGACAAGAUGGCCAAGUCCCCUGAGGCUGUGUCUAACUUUUUGACCUCGCUGGUGGGCAGUAACCGACCCUACGUGCAGGAGGAGCUGGCGCAGCUGCAGAGCAUGAAGGGAUCCGCUGGUCGGUUGCAACCAUGGGAUCACGCCUACUAUGUCCAUCAACGGGUACUGCAGUACUCGCAGUCGCGCCGGUCGCGGGAGCUCAGUGCGGUGCCCGAGUUCUUCUCCCUGGGCACGGUCAUGCAGGGACUCUCUCGGUUGUUCGAUCGACUCUACGGCGUUCGGCUGGUGCCCCAGGAAACGGCUGCCGGGGAGACCUGGAACUCGGAUGUGCGCCGAUUGGACGUGGUCGAUGAGGCGGACCGCCACAUUGCUGUCAUCUACUGUGACCUGUUCUCCCGCCCCAACAAGCACCCCAACCCGGCCCACUACACGCUGCGGUGUGCACGUGAGAUCUCCGCGGAGGAGGUGGCCGAGUGCGCCACGACGAUGGAUGCUUCCGCCCACCCCAACGAUGGCAUGGCCACGGCCGUUGACCGCGACGCCAAGACGCUCCGCCAGCUGCCAACGAUCGCGCUGGUGUGUGACUUCCCCGAGCCGCCUGCGACAGGAACGGGUCGCCCGUCCCUGCUCAGCGAGCACAGCGUGCGUACCCUGUUCCACGAAAUGGGACACGCGCUGCACUCGAUUCUGGGGCAGACACGGCUGCAGUCUAUCUCGGGAACGAGAUGCGCGACCGACUUUGCCGAGCUGCCGUCGGUGCUGAUGGAACGGUUCGCAACCGCUCCCGAAGUGCUGGCAUUGUACGCCCGUCACUGGGAGACAGAUGCUCCUCUGUCGGAGAGCAUGAUGCAGCACAUGGAGAAGGAUCGCACGGCGCACGGGUCUAUCUACGGCGCGAUGGAGAACGAGUCGCAGAUCCUGAUGGCGCUGGUCGACCAGGCAUACCACUCCCUCCCUGCCGGCCAGGCCGCCUCCAUCGAUAGCACGGCAGUCUUCCACCAGGUCUCUGCGGAGCACUGCACCCUCCCCGAUCCGGCCGAUACCAAGCCCCCGACCUCGUGGCAGGGCUUCUUCGGCCACCUGCACGGCUACGGCGCCACCUACUAUAGCUACAUCUUCGACCGGGCGAUCGCCAACAAGCUGUGGGAGGACGUGUUCCAGCAGGGCAAGGCGGCGGUGGAUCGCCGGGCCGGUGAGCGGUACAAGAAUGAAGUGCUGCGCUGGGGCGGUGGCCGCAACGGCUGGAAUUGCGUGGCGGGCGUGCUGGGCAGCGCCCAUCCCGCCAACGCGGAUGGCCGACUCGUCGAAGGCGGCGACGAAGCCAUGCGUGAAGUGGGUCGCUGGGGAUUGGGACGCGAUGGUGUCUCUGAGUAAUUUCAUUGGUCAUGUGUAUGUAUAUUAUUCAGAUACAAGUGACAUAGGCAAUAGAUAUCCCUGUAAUGAUAUUUCAGCAAUUCGCA